AUGUUAUUAUCACGUAUUUUUACAUCAAUAGUUUUAAAAUAUCAGAAUAGUUUCAUAUUAAAUAAUUCUCGAUGUUUUCUAUCAAAUUUAUCAUUCGAAGUAUCAUCCAAAAAUGAAAUUAAUCAACAAAAUAAUACAUCAAAUGAAUCUGAUUCUAAAUCAACAAAAAACUCAACAGAUGAUAAUAAUGAAUGGUUAUGGGCAUAUUUACGUGACCGAAAAAGUUUUUCAGAUCUCACCGAAGAACAACGACGACGUGUUAUUGAAAUAGAAAUUCAAACAUUACGUGAAAGUGGUGAUCGUGUACCAGAAAUUAUACCUAAUGAACGAUUGACUGAAUUAAUAAAUACACCUUUAAUUGAAUCUCGAAAAAGUCUAUAUGGAUAUCUUUUUCUUCGUGAAAUGUAUCGUAAACGUCGUGCGGCUAAUGUUGCUGAAAAUAAUCUUCGUCGUAUUGAAGCAGCAAAACGUCGUCAAGAAUUACUUGCAGAAGGAAAACCACCAACAAAUUAUCCUGGUUAUUCAUCAAUAUUUCGUCACUUAGGUCGACAACAUGAAAAACGUUUACGUGAACAACUAUUCCUUGCACCUGCAUGUCUUGGUGAAAUGAUUGUUAUUGAUUGUGGUUUUGAACAUGAACAUGCACGUGAACAUUAUUUAUUAAAUUUAGUUGAUCAAAUACAAUAUUUAUUUGCUGAAAUUCAUCGUUAUCAUUCACCAUCAUUUGUUUAUUUAUGUAAUUUAUCUCAACAAGGACGAUUAAAAGCAGAAUUUGAUCGUCGAUCACCAUUAGAUAAUUUAUGUUUUGAAGCAACAGAAUCAAGUUAUUUAGAUAUAUUUCCACAUGAAAAACUUAUUUAUUUAUCACCAGAUUCAAAUGUUGAAAUGACAUCAUUUGAUCAUGAUGCUGUUUAUAUUAUUGGUGGAAUUAUUGAUCUUAGUGGUAAAAAACCAUUAACAUUUGGUAAAGCAAAACGUGAUAACAUCAAACAUCAACGACUUCCUAUCGAUCGAUAUGUGAAAUUUGGUGGCGGUAGUGGUAAAACAUUAACAAUCGAUCAAAUGUAUAAUAUUCUAAUGACAUUAAAACAUACUGGUUCUUGGGUUGAAGCAUUUAAAUAUAUUCCAAAAGUUGUCGAACGUUAUUCAGAAGAAUUGAACGAUAAUCAACGACUUGAGUAUGAAAAAUUUGGUCGAUGGACAGGUUUAAAUGUUAAACAUUAA